CCAAAAAAGAAAUCGCCGCCUCGUCCUCGGUUUCUCCGUCGCGUCGCCGUCGUCGUCUCCCUCCCCCGUAAAAUCCCCCGGCCGUUGCCGCGCGAAGCUCUCUCCCUCCCGCAAAUGCCCGAGACCCCGACCACCCGCGCGAGCACCGAGACAUCCUCGUAUGGCUCCUAGUCUCCUCCGCCCCGCCUCCCAGUCCCUCCACCUCGCGCCCCCCUGCGCCGACGCGGCCGCCGACCGCGGCCGGAGCCGCUCCGCCGUGACGAUCGGUGGUUCGAGGACGCUCAGCGUUUCCCUGCGUGUGGGAGGAUCUAGCCGGAGAGAAUUCCCGUGUACCACAAUGGCCUCAAGAGAUCAUUCUGGCUUGACACGACAGCUUUUAGAUUUUCAGCACGGUACAGUAGACGAAAUAGAUGGAGAACGUGAUCCAUUCAAGGAGUUGAAAGCAAGGUUCAUGGACUUCAAACAGAGGAAUUGUGUGGAUAAUAAUUCUAAUUAUCAAAAUCUUGCCCAGCAGCAAACACCAAAGUUUAUGGUGGUUGCUUGUGCUGAUUCCAGGGUCUGUCCCUCGAGUGUUUUGGGGUUUCAGCCUGGGGAAGCAUUUACUGUCCGUAACAUUGCAAAUUUGGUACCACCAUAUCAGCAUGGGGCUUCAGAGACUAGUGCUGCACUGGAGUUUGCUGUCAACACACUAGAGGUAGAGAAUGUGUUAGUAGUUGGUCACAGCCGUUGUGGUGGUAUCCAAGCACUAAUGAGUAUGAAAAGUAAGCAAGAUGAUUCACAGUCUAGAAGCUUUAUUAGAGAUUGGGUGUCAAUUGCCAAGAGUGCAAGGUUAAGCACAGAAGCAGCAGCUGGAAAUUUGAAUUUUGAAUUGCAGUGCAGACAUUGUGAAAAGGAAUCAAUUAAUAGCUCACUGUUGAACUUGUUAACAUACCCUUGGAUAGAGAAAAAGGUGAAUGAAGGAACCUUGAGCCUUCACGGGGGCUACUACAACUUUAUCGAUUGCACAUUUGAGAAGUGGACAUUAGUAUACCGGCCAGGGUUGGAAGGUGGAAGCAAGUAUGCCAUAAAAAAUAGGUCGACCUGGUCUUGAUCAAUCAAGAGGCCUUGCUUACUUGGGCGAAUUUCACUCUGCCCCCUGCAGUUUAGCAUGGUUUUGCUUUGCCACUGUGCUGUCCAUUUUCAUUGCACCUUGCUCCAUUGUGGUAUUGAUAUUCUGCGUGAAUGAGUCCCAGUAUCAAGUCACUUUUACGGUGUUGUUGGCACCAUCGAAUAGCAUGACACUUGACGAUUACUAUGCCAUACUUGGUCAUCUUUUAUGUUGUCAGCUUCACAGAGGCACGUGUAGGCCCUGUAACAGUUAUUUGAUACAGUGACUCGGCUGCAGUUGAGCAAAACCACAAUGGAGUGAACUGCAACUGAAAUGGACAAUAUGGUAGCAAAGUGAAAGUUUGUCAAACUGCUGGGGACAAAGUGAAUUUUGUCCAAAUAUCCAUGUGUUGUUUUCUGCUUAGAAGCAUCAUAAAAUUCAAUAAGCUGCAAACUCAUAUUCAUACGAAAAACAUGUACCACCUUGCCACAUUUGGCAAAUUACUGUGUUGUAUCUUUUACUGUGUAAUUGCAAAAAUAAGAUACAGCUUUGUAAUCUUGUAUGCCGGGCAUAUGGUGUAUCAAUUUAAAGCUGAAUCUUUAAUGC